UUGGCUGGUUCAAUCUUCAGCAACUCUUUUUGAAUUUUGUCCGGUGUGGCGUGGGACUGUUUAUUUGGUAGCAAACACUCUUCGUAGGCAGACGGAACUACUCUUUACGAUAGGAAGUUUUGUUGCAUUAACGGUUGAAAUCCCUUUGAGAUAAAGGGUCAGCCAAAAUGAUGAUUAACCUGGGUGUUAAGGCUCUUCUCGCCUGGGUUAAAAGCAUAAACCAGUCGGAACGAGACUUAACGGUCGAGGACUUACAAGAUGGAACAAUCUUAUUGAAAGUUGUCCUUAUGCUGAAGAAGGAAUCCAGCUUCACUUUCAGCAGUUCUGUUGAGGAUCGCUUACAACUCAUUGCAGAUUUUAUAGAAAGGGAUUGCAGAUUUAGUGCAACCAAAGGUACUUCAGUAUCCUGGAACAACAUAAGAGAUGGAGAAAACCUGACGAUAGAAAUUGCAAAGGUGCUUUUGUUGUUGGUGUACCAUGACGUAAUGAAUGACCGCUGUACUCUAAACACAUUGGACUGUGAUGUGGAGCGCGAGUUAGCAAACCUAACUGCAUCCUAUGUGAUGGAGAGCGAGGGCUGUGUUUAUCUGAGCAAUGGACUUGAUGCCUAUUUGGCGAGGAAGCAUUUGCCUGUGUCCCGUGAGGUAUUUGAGCGAUCGGCCACCACCUCUUCCUCCAGUGUGUCAUCUAUGCUGUCCCUCUCAGACGACGAGUCUCCCAUGUUCUCUCGCAAACAGAAAAUCACUUUUCUGGACAUGCAAACUGUGGCCUCUUCUUCAGUCAGCAAGUCUCCUCUGCAAGAAAUCAUGAACACACCCAAAUUUCAGCUAAGGAAGGUGCAACGACAGAUGAUCAAGGAGAGAGACUACAGAGAUGGGUUGGAGAGGGAGCUGGCCAGCAAGCUUGCACUCAUUGCACAGAGAGAGUCCCAGAUUAACCAGUUGCAGUAUCGACUGGAUAAACUGAAAGAAGAUCAGGGAGAUCAGGAGCAAUCUAUCAGGGAUCAAAUCAAUGAGCUUGAGACCAAGAACAACAUGCUACAGAUACGUCUUAAUGAGAUGUUAAAGGAAAACAAAGACUUCAAGAGUAACACCUCACUUAUGGAGCGUAAAGUGGAUGAGCUGACUGAGGAAAAUGGUGUGCUGUCUUCCCAGAUGAGAGCAGUGUGCUCGCAGCUCACCAUCUUUGAGGCAGAAGUUGGCCGGUUGACAGAAACCCAAGAAUCUGCUCAGGAGGAAUGGAAAAGCAAAUCAGGACUCCUGGAGUCUGAGCUCAACCAAGCCACCGCUCAAAAGGAGCUGCUGACAGAACAGAUUCAGAUCCUUCAGGGAAAGAUUUCCUGUUUGGAGGAUGAGAUAAGUAAAGCCACCAGGGAAGAAGUAGGAGAGAACAUGGGGCCUGUGAUUGAGACAGCAAAGUUUGAGACUGAAAUAAACAGUUUGAAAAAUGAGCUGGAGAGCACCUUUGGCUUCCUGAAAAAGGCAGAGGAAGAGAUCCAGGCCAAAGCACAGCAACUAGCAGAGUAUCAACAAGAAAUUACUCAACAAAAGGAUCUCCUAAAGCAACAGAAGUCUCAAACUGAAGAAAUGAUUCAAGCAAAGGAUGACAUUUUAGAGAAGGUAAAAAAGGAGAUAAUUGAGCAGAGAGCAGCCCUCCAGGAAGAGAUCCAGCACCUCAAGUUUCAACUUGAGCAAGCAGAGCAGCAGAAAACCGAGCAGAUGACCAGGCUUCAGCAGCAAAUUGCUGCUUGUGAAGAAGAAGUUGCAAAACUUAAGGAAAUAAAGAAAGAGAAGGAAGACCUUUUGCAACAGACCGAAGAAAAUGUUAAAGAUCUUGAGAAUAAGUUAUCUGCUGUAAGUUCUCUCUUGGCUGAUAAAGAGCAACAUAUUAUUAAUCUCAGUGAAAAAGUUGACUUUCUCAUAGAUGAAACCAAAAAGAACAAAAAUGAAAUACAAGCCAAAGAGGAAAUGCUAGCUAAAUUAAUUCUGGACAAGACAAAUGAGCAAGAGACCCUUCAGAAGACAAUCCAGACUUUGACAGUUAAAAUGGAUGGACUAAACUCUCUUCUCAUACAGGCUGAGCAGGAAAUUCAACUGAAGCAGGACCAACUCGCUAAAACCCAACAAGAGAUCAUUCAACAAAGAGAGGAACUUCAUCAACAGAUUUUCACAUGUGAAGAGGAGGUUCAGAGGUUAAACCAAGAGAUUCAGGUCAAAAAUGAGCAGCUUGUUGUUCUGAAGAAUGACAGCUCUCGACAGUCUGAAUUUUUGGAGCAAGAGAUCAUAGGUCUGAAAAGUCAACUGGAAAGUCUGAACAAUUCACUUAAACAUGCUGAGGAACAAGUUCAAGCUCAACAGCUUAUGCUUACCAAGCAGGAGCAGGAAAGCGCUCACCAAAAGGAGCUCCUGCAGCAGCAGCUUUCUGCCUCAGAGGAGAGGGUGGAGAAAAUGAAAGAUGAGGUUCAAGUUAAAGAGGAGCAGAUCAACACUGUGAAAAAACAAUGUUCAGAGCAGUCUGAAAUAUUACAUCAAGACAUCCAAGAUUUAAAGAAACAGGUUGAGACUCUUAGUUUAUCUUUGAGAAAAGCUGAGGAGAAUUUGCAAUCAAAGGAAAAUUUGUUUGCUGAACAGCAACUUCGAAGCACCCAGGAUAUGGAAGAGCUCCGAAUGCAAAUGGCAGCAUCUCAAGAUGAGGUGAAAAGGCUAGAGACUGAGAUGCGUGUUAAAGAGGAGCAGUUCAUGCUGCAAAACACUGAGUCUUCUGCAAACUCUGAAGGGCUUCAAAGUGAGAUCCAAACUCUCAGGGACCAAGUGAAAAGCUUGAAUGAAUCUCUGAAAAAUACAAAUGAGCAAUUAGAGGCUAAAGAAAAUGUAUUGACUCAGAAGGAAGUUGAGAUUUCUCAGGAGAAGAGCAAAUUUGAAAGCAUGAUGACAACCACUGAAGAUGAAAUGAGAGGGCUUAGGGAGAAGAUCAAUGCUAAAGAGGACCAGCUUGUUGCAAUGAAAGAAGAGGGCUCUAAACAUUCAGACAUGCUGCAGCAAGAGAUACAAUGCCUAGAAAAACAACUAGCUGAAAUGGGUCAGUCUCUCACAAAAACUGAGGAGCAGGUUCAGGCUCAGCUGGCUGUGAUUUCCAAACAAGAGGGAGAAAAUGCUAAUCAGAAGAAGCUCCUGUCAACUUCAGAGGAAGAGUUGAGGAGGAUGAAACUGAUGAUCCAAGCUAAAGAGGAAGAGAUGAUUCAUCUUAGGACUGACAGCUCUCAGCAGAAGGAGCUAUUACAUCAAGAGAUCCAAGAUUUGAAGACCCAGGCGGAGAGUCUUGGUUCUUCUCUGAUGGAAACCGAGGAGAAACUGCAAUCUAAGGAAAAUCUGUUUGCUGAACAGCAACUUCGAAGCACCCAGGAUAUGGAAGAGCUCCGAAUGCAAAUGGCAGCAUCUCAAGAUGAGGUGAAAAGGCUGGAGACUGAGAUACGUGUUAAAGAGGAGCAGUUCAUGCUGCAAAACACUGAGUCUUCUGCAAACUCUGAAGGGCUUCAAAGUGAGAUCCAAACUCUCAGGGACCAAGUGAAAAGCUUGAAUGAAUCUCUGAAAAAUACAAAUGAGCAAUUAGAGGCUAAAGAAAAUGUAUUGACUCAGAAGGAAGUUGAGAUUUCUCAGGAGAAGAGCAAAUUUGAAAGCAUGAUGACAACCACUGAAGAUGAAAUGAGAGGGCUUAGGGAGAAGAUCAACGCUAAAGAGGACCAGCUUGUUGCAAUGAAAGAAGAGGGCUCUAAACAUUCAGACAUGCUGCAGAAAGAGAUACAAUGCCUAGAAAAACAACUAGAUGAAAUGGGUCAGUCUCUCACAAAAACUGAGGAGCAGGUUCAGGCUCAGCUGGCUGUGAUUUCCAAACAAGAGGGAGAAAAUGCUAAUCAGAAGAAGCUCCUGUCAACUUCAGAGGAAGAGUUGAGGAGGAUGAAACUGAUGAUCCAAGCUAAAGAGGAAGAGAUGAUUCAUCUUAAGACUGACAGCUCUCAGCAGAAGGAGCUAUUACAUCAAGAGAUCCGAGAUUUGAAGACCCAGGCGGAGAGUCUUGGUUCUUCUCUGACGGAAACUGAGGAGAAACUGCAAUCCAAGGAAAAUCUGUUUGCUGAACAGCAACAACAGAACACCCAGGAUAUGGAGGCACUCAAGAUUCAGAUGAUGUCAUCCCAAGAUGAGGUAAAGAAGCUAAAAGCAGAGAUUCUUGCAAAGCAGGAGGAUUUAAUUAUGUUAAAAACUGAUUCAUCCUCACACUCUGGAGUUCUGCAGCAGGAGAUUGAAAGUCUGAAUCAACAAAUGAAAUCUGUAAGCAAAUCUCUGGAGCUUGCCAAGGACCAGGUUCAAGCUAAAGACGAUAUGAUGGCAAAACAGGAGCAAGAGAGCACUUUGCAGAUCGAGGCACUUAAAGAGCAGAGUGCACUUCUUGAGCAGGAGGUUAAUCAGCUGAGGAAAGAGACUCAAACUAAAAAUGCUGAGAUGGACUCCCUGAGGAUUGAGAGUUGCAAGGAGUCUCAGGAUCUACUGAAUGAGAUCCAAACCCUCAGGGACCAAGUGCAAAGUUUGAAUGAAUCUCUGAAAAAUACAAAUGAGCAAUUAAAGGCCAAGGACAAUCUGCUGACUCUGAAAGUAGUGGAGUUCUCUGAGGAGAAGGGAAAAUUUGAAAGCAUGAUGACAACAACUGAAGAUGAAAUGAGAGGGCUUAGGGAGCAGAUCAACGCUAAAGAGGGCCAGCUUUUUGCAGUUAAACAAGAGGGCUCUAAACAUUCAGACAUGCUACAACAAGAGAUACAAUGCCUAAAGAACCAAUUAGCUAAUAUGGAUGAGUCUCUCUCAAAGUCUGAAGAGCAGGUUCAGACUCAGCUGGCUGUGAUUGCCAAACAAGAGGAAGACUGUACCCAUCAGAAGGAACUUCUCCUGACUUCAGAAAAAGAGGUGAGGAAGAUAAAAGAGGAGAUACGAACCAAAGAGGAUCAGAUAAUACAGCUAAAGACCAACAGCUCAGAACAGUCAACUUCGCUAAAUCAAGAGAUCUUAAGUUUAAAGACACAGGUAGAGACUCUUGGCUCCUCACUGCGAAAGGUUGAGGAGGAUGUGCAAUCUAAAGAAGAUCUGCUGGCCCAACAACAACAAGAAAAUACUCAACAAAAGCAGGCCCUCCAAAGCCUACAUGAGAAAGUGAAAGAAGUGGAGAUUCUGCAUGAACAGAUUAAGUCACACGAGGAAGAGAUUCACAAGCUAAAAGAAUCUCAAAGUGAGAAAGAGAGACUCCUCCUCACUGCUGAGGAGGAGCUUCAGAUCACCCAGGCAGAGUUUUCUGCCGUCAACACACUAAUAGCUGUAAAAGACCAAAAUCUGAGCACUCUCAGAGAAGAGCUCGCUGCACAAGCUAACUUGGUUCAAAAGGCAAAAGAGGAAGCUGAAGCCAAUUCGACACUACUGUCUGAGAUAAAGGGGGAGAGCUCCAAAGAGACAAAUAUCCUUCAAUGUGAGAUCCAGGAUCUAAAAGUGGAGGUGGAAAACAUUUCUCUAAAACUUCAGGCUAGAGAGCAGUUGUUAGCUGAAACUCAGCAUGAGUCUUCUCAGCAAAUAGACCUCCUCCAGAAACAGCUUGUCUCAGUAAAAACAGAGUCCCAAGCUGCCCAGGAGCUGCAGGUUGUAGCCUUUAAGGAAACGAAUGCUCUUGUUCAUGAAAAGGAAGAACUCAUGGCCAGGACACUCCAGAUGGAAAAUGAUCAGAAAGCUCUUGAGAAACAACUGGAAAUCACAGUGUUUGAAAAAGAGAGACUCACUCGAGCUAUGCAAGCCACAGAGAGAGAGAACCUAGCCUCCCGUAAACUGGAAUCAGUGCUACAGCAGGAGCUGGAACUAUUGAAAACGGAGAAAGACAAACUAUUGAAGGAGAAAGAAAAGGCUGAUGAAAUGGAGGUGCUGAAGAGAGACCUACAGGAACAGCUCUCGGCUAAAUCGGAGGCUGCGGAACACUACAAAGCACAGAUGGAGAAGGCCGUCAACUUCUACAACGGCAAGAAGCAGCUUCUCCAGGAAAGCCAAGAUGAGGUUGCUGAACUCAAGAACUCUUUAGAGGUUAAAGAGUGUGAAGUAAAAACUUUUACCAUGGAGAACAAGAUACUUCAACUGGAUCUGGAGAAGGUCCAAGCCAAUGAGAAGAAACUCAGUCACGCGGUGGCUAGUCUGGAGGCACAGCUAGCCUUUGCUGACCGCAACCUGCGGGCACAGAACAAGAUUCAUGGUAAUGAAAGAAGCGUGACAGAAUCGAUGUACCUGGAGGUUCCCAGUGGAUCUUUAAGUAUUCAAAAUAGAGCAGAGGUGAAGAGAGCCAAUAGCUCUGACAGCCUGGACCAGAGCUCUCUGGAAGACUCUUUGAACACCACAAGGAAACUUUCUGCUCCUGAAGAAUCAAGCACACCGCUUGUCCGCAGUUCAGAGCGCCUGGCAGGCAAACGUCGAGGUCUUCAGGCUGAGUCUCUGGAAACCCUUUACUUUACACCUAUAAACACCAGACAGAGCAACAGGACCGGUACAGAGCACAAAAUGGAACUGGAUUCAUCCCGUAAAAACCCAACUUCAUCCGUCAAACGACGCAGGACCACGCAGGUUAUAAACAUCACCCUGACAAAGAAAACGCCUGGCGGCAGUGAUGCUGAUGAGACUUUCUACAGUCUGGCUUCAACUCGCUCCCAACCAAACCUCUCCAGUGCCAACUCUGCUCGACCCGUGUCUACAGAGCUGUUUGACACGCCUGCCAGAGCAACCGGCUCAGCCAAUGACCAGCUUAUUGGACUACCUGGAUACAGAAGGAGCACAAUCCACUCACAGCCUGCGAGCACAUUCUGUGUGGGGACAGAGAACGAGCCAGACGGUGGGCCUGAUGAUUGGAUGAGGAUCGCUGAGCUCCAGGCCAGAAACAAAGCCUGCCUCCCUCAUCUCAAGAGCAGCUACCCUGUGGAGUCUGAGACUGUCUUUGGUGGUGGCUUACGUUUCACAGAUGAAGAACUCCGCAUGGGCGACCCGUCUGACACCAUCCGUCGGGCAUCCAUGAUGCCUGGCCAGCUGCACGAAUCUCUGGCUUCACAUCGGCAUUCUCUCAUCGUGGGUCACUCGGGUGCAGCAGUCAGUACUCGCUCUCAUCGUCUGUCUUUGAUGCCUGGACAGCUGCCAGGACAUCUACCAUCAAAAUCUGUCAGCUCCUCUCAGCUGAGGAGCCCAAAAGGCUCAAAGCGGUCUGCAUCCACUCUGUCUGUUCACCAAACAUCCCCUGAGAAAAAGGUGAAGGCCAGCUGCUUCCCCCGUCCACUCACUCCCAAAAACAAAAAUGUGGGUCCCUCCAGCUCUCAGCUGCACCCUGCCCUCAGUCCAGCUGACCGGAGACAGUCUAUGAUGUUCACUAUCGACAACACCCCUAAAAACAGCAGCUACCUAAAGAAAGGGCUGAACAAACUGCGCAGCUCCACCAGAAAGUCUCCUGGCAAAAGUUCUAAGAAGUCUCCCACUCAAUCAUCUUCUCGCAAGUACCAGGAGAACAUAGCCCCAGGAAAAGCUCCCACUACAGCCGGACGAUCCAGCAGACUAGGAAGCUUUAAGUCACCUCAGGUUUCGGCUAAAGGACUCAGGAAGUCUCCACGAGCAAACAGCUCGACUGGAAAGUCCCCAGGAUUGUCAAGUGCCCGCAAGAAGCACGUGACUAUAGAUGUGGAAAAUCUUGCCGGAAGUCUGAAAAGGCAGGAGGAUGAGGAUGACGAAGAGGAGAAGAAAAAGUGGGAGAGGCCUCCCUCCAGCUAUGGGUCAAUGAAGAGUGACAGUGAUGAUGAGGAGGAGAAGGAGGAGGAAGAGGAGGAAUAUGAGUCGGAAUAUGAGGAAGAGGUUGCCAUAGCCUGCGCUUCAUCCACCCCUUCCACCCCUUCCUGUCCUGCGCCACCACCUGUUCUAUAUUCUGCAGAGAGGACAGGGUUUCAACUGAAUCGCUCAGACUCUCCAGAGACUCUCUACACUGUAACCACACAGCAGACCAAACCACCAGGAGCUGUUGUCAUUAACACCAGGUCUUCUGAUAUCGAGAUUUCCUCUGAACCAGAUGAUGAGGACAACAUGGAUGAAAUUCUGGUGAAUCAUUCCCCAGAACCACCUGAGCCUCUUGAACUAGAUGAUACAACGCAGAUGGAUGAAAAUGGCCAGCCAGGUAGACUCCACCGAGAGCAGGACCUGUCCUAUAUAUUUAAGAGUAUUCAGGAGACUUUGUCAGCCCUCACCAAGGAAGAGCUUUUCAAAUUUAAGAUGUGGUUUUACCAAUGGGAAUCUAGUAUAACCCUGCAGCAGGUGAUGGAUGGAGACAUUCUGGAUUUUGUGGACAAGAUCAUAGAGAUCCUCGGAAUGGAUCGCUCUCUGUUGCAUACAAUAAGUACCCUCGGUAACAUCAGCAAGAAAGAGGAGGCAGAAAAACUACGGCAAAAGUGCAAGAGAGCAUUGAUCCGUUAUCAUCUGAGUCAGUAUUUGAUCAGGAAGCAUCGUGUCAUCCGAGAGGGGGUGGUCCGAGCCGGGAGGCAGAAUCUUCUAGACACCAUCUACGUUGAGCCCCAGAUCUCCACCUGUGGUUAUGGAGGAGUUAACCCCUCCCACGAAAUCAGACAAUCCCCUCCAUCACUUCUCCAGGUCCCCAGCUCGGACACCUUCGUUGGCUUAAACAAUCUGUUCCGACUGCAGAAGGAAGAUGGCACGCCUGUGAGGACGGUAGUGACCACGGGGAUUCCAGGAAUGGGCAUGUCUGUAUCUGUGGGGAAAUUCUCCCUGGACUGGGCAGAACAGCGUGCAAACAAGGAUCUGCAGUUUGCCAUCAAACUUUCAUUCAGAAAUUUCUGGCUUCAACGAGACAGAAACCCUCCACAGUCGAUGUCCAUCAUGGAAAUGUUGGACUACUGUUAUCCUGAGUGCCAGGACUUUAAAUUACUUGAGGAAGAGGGCUGCAAAUUUCUCAUCAUGAUGGACUCAUUUGAUUGUUACCAAGCUUCUCUGGACUGGGAGGGUACUCCUGAAAUAAAUGACAACUACACCCAGGCGCAUCCGGAUGUCCUGAUUGUAAAUAUCAUCAGAGGAACUGUGCUCCGUGGUGCUCGGGUCUGGAUCUUGGGAAGACGGGCGGCUGUCUCACAAAUACCAUCCAGAUUCAUAGAUGUUGUCACAGAAAUACAGGGGUUCAGUGAGGAGAUGAAAGAUGACUACAUGAAGAAGCGCUUUAGCAAUCCAGUGGUAGCAGAGAAGGUCAUGACACACUACAAGCGCCUACCAACACUCAAGAUUCUCGCUCACCAGCCGUUUGUCUGCUGGAUGUUGGCCACUGUGUUCGAGCGCUGCUUCCGUUUUCAGGGCUAUGGGCAGCACCCGCCCAGGAUGACACUUUUCUUCUCCAGCAUUGUGAUUGUCCAGAUCAAUCGAAGGCUGCAGUUCUACUACGGGAAGGCAGAAAAUGAACUGAAAUGGACGAAUGACGACAGAAACCUGGUGACAAAGAUGGGAAAGCUGGCCUUUAAGAUGCUGGAGAGGAACACCGCUGUGUUCUUCGAGGAGGAUGUGAAAGAGUGCGGCCUGGAUUUAACAGAGGUGACGGUGUUUUCCGGUCUGUGCACUGAGCUCUUCACUGCAGCCUCAGAUGGGAGGAGGACGUUCUGCUUUAUACACCUCUCCUUACAGGAGUUCCUGGCCGCUCUCUACGUCUUCACGGUGUUUCGCACAGAAUCAAAGAAUGUUCUGGAGUCUGGGGGCUUGCAUCUGGCCAAGAUCUUUGCAUCCAAGGAUCAGACCAAAUCAGCAGCUGCCCUGGUCCACUGCGCCCUGACACUAACCUUAAGCUCCCAGCUUGGCCAGUACGACAUGUUCCUGCGCUUUCUGUGCGGCGUACUUUCCCCGUCCUGCCACGACAAUCAGCUGAGCCGGUAUCUCUUCCACCACAACACACCAAAGCUCGGCGGGCAGAAAGAAGUGCAGCGGCUGCUGGAGGAGAAGAUACAGACUGCUGGGGAAAAAUACACAGACCGGGUGGAGAACUUAAAGGAGUGCCUUAGAGAGUUAAGCCAAGAAGACGAGCAUUUUCGCCUUUAUUUGAUAGGACAGCUGAAGAGAGACAGGAUUGAUAAAAGUGAGGCCUUUGUUUGA